CGCUACUCGAAAUUUUGAAGAUGAUAGUCUGUGUGAUGAUGUUGAAGAUGAAGAACAUGAUGAGCGCGGAAGCACUCCCAGAACGAUUGAUGAGUUUUUUUGUUCGAUGUCGCCGGAAAAUCGAAAGGUAGGUGCUACUUCCGACGCGACCUCUGAACUACUCCCGCAGCAAAGGCUAAUCAUGCAGCAGGCGCAACAGAAACAAGUAGCUGGGUACUUUUCAGUCAACACUUUCUUCACAACUUGUUACAGUCCUCUAGUAAGUUAUUCAUCUUUUCGCGUUGUGUAUACAACGAACUAGGCGAUAAGUUCCAUCUUGCUAAAAAUUAACAGAUUUUGUUCUGUCUAAAUAGAUAUAGACAAAAGGUGGAAUUCGAAUUGAUCACCUAUAUUUCAACAACAUCCUGACAGAUUGAGCACCGGCGGACCGAUGGGCGGUUUGUCGAUGUUUGGUCCGGGUAUGGGUGGUAGGGCAUCCCUCUCGCAGGAUUGGAUUCAACAAGAUAUAGCCAUAAAAAUGAAUCAGAUGAAUCCCGACGAUCAGAUGAAUUUGAAUGCAGCAGCAGCACCAGGUAGCGGUAGUGCUAGUGGAGUCGGAGCGACAGGCCUACAGCAACAUCAGACACAUCAGUCGCUUCUGCAACAGUACCAAUCUUGUCAAUCCUUUGCGACUCUAUCUUCAGAGCAGAACCUUUACGCCUCUACGACUAGCAUCCCGCAGCUUCUAGCAAGUGCCAGUCGGCACACAGCGCACAGCAGUGGCAGUAUGAUGAGCACGACGAGUAUUAUUAUUAAGGCUUCUACGAGACAAGAUCAGCGGGGUCUUAACCUCUAUGUGGAGACCUGAAUCAAUCAGUAAAAGAUUCUACUCUAAACUUCUAAGAUGAACUCGAGCAACAAUAUGUUGCAACUUGCGAACUUGGGAGGUCCAGGGCUGACUUUCAACUCUUGCGGAUCAUCACAAGCACAACAAGUACAACAUAUUAUGACCGAGCAGACUAACAAUCGGACCGUGUCUUCAGGCGCAUUCAACUCCUCGUGUCAGAACCAAAACAUUCUGCCAGUAUCAGCUUCACUGGAAGAUCAGCGAACGUCGAUGUUAUUAAACAGUAAUGCUUCUACGUGUAGCAGCUCGUCCAACAUCAACCUAUUGGCUAUUCAACAAAUGCUGCACCAGCAGGAUCAAAAUGCUAGCCUAGUUCUACAAGGGAGUGGAGGUCAGUUUACCCAGAACGUGGCAGACGAGAGCAAUUCCAGACAUCCCACUCAGCAGCAU